AUUUGUCCUUCAGGUGCGUCUGAGGUGGAGAAGGCUCUGCUGAAGCAGCUCUUUGCCGGCUACAACCUGAAGGUGCGGCCAGCCUCCAGACCUCAAGAGAGGGUGGUGGUUCGUGUGGGUAUGGUCCUGUCCUCCUUCGUUGGACUGAACAUGAAAAAUGAAGAGAUGAGCACCAUUGUCGUCAUGAAUCUGGAGUGGACGGAUCACCGGUUGUCAUGGAAGCCCAAGGAGCAUGAUGGGAUUGAGGUGAUGCGUAUCCCUGCUGCGAAGGUUUGGCUGCCGGACAUAGUCCUCAUAAAUAAUAAUGACGGGGUGUUUCACGUGGCGCUGCAUGUCCACGUCCAGGCUUAUAGUAAUGGCAGAGUAACCUGGACUCCCCCUGCACUCUACUGCAGCUCCUGUGGAGUUAAGGUCACGUAUUUCCCGUUUGACUGGCAGAACUGCACCAUGCAGUUCCGCUCCUACACGUAUGACUCGACAGAGAUCGACGUGCAGUACGCACUGGACUCAAAAGGCAAGGAGAUCAAGGAGAUCCAGCUGGACGAAGCUUACACUGAGGGCGGCGAGUGGCACAUCACACACAAGCCGUGCAGGAAGAACAUGAACGACGAUCUGUACGAGGACAUGACCUUCUACCUCAUCAUAGAGAGGAAGCCCCUGUACUACGUGUUUAACAUCAUCCUCCCCUGCAUCCUCAUCACCAUCAUCGCCAUCUUUAACUUCUACCUGCCUCCUGACGCAGGAGAGAAGAUGGGUCUGUCAAUCAACGUGUUGCUCACCCUCACUGUGUUCCUGCUGCUGCUGGCGGAUAAGAUCCCGGAGACCUCACUGGGGGUCCCUAUUAUCGUCAACUACAUCAUGUUCACCAUGAUCCUGGUCACAUUUUCUGUCAUCCUCAGCGUGGUCGUCCUAAACCUGCACCACCGCUCACCCAGCACCCACCUGAUGCCCAUGUGGGUCCGCAAGAUCUUCAUCCACCUGCUCCCUCCUUACCUGGGCAUGCUAAGGCCAAAAGUUGAGACCCCCCUAUCCCUGGAGAUGAUGCCCCGUCGAGAGAAAAAGGUGUUCACCAUCAGCAAGGCGGCUGAUGAAUACUUCAUCCGCAAGCCUGACUCCUCCAUCCUGUUCCCUAAGCCCAACAGGUAUCAGCCGGAGGGUAUGUGUACAGAUAUGAGAAAGUUCAUCGACGGCCCCAGUAGCUACCUCACGCUACCUGACGAGCUCAAGACAGCCAUAGAGGCCAUCACAUUUAUCGCUAAGGCUCUGCAGGCUGCGAAGGACUACGAUGCGCUGAAAGAGGACUGGCAGUAUGUGGCCAUGGUGGUGGACCGCAUGUUCCUCUGGAUCUUCGUCGUCUUCACCACUGUGGGCACCUUGGCCAUCUUUACUGACGCUAGCUUCAACCACACACCCACCGACCCCUUCAAAGCCCCCUGAAGCAGCGAGACAUUUGUUCUCCUUGAGCUAUACCCAUCCUGAUUCACCAACUCAACAAAUAGGGCGGAGAAAUCACUGUAUUCAACUACCAAAAUGAGUCCCUGGGGUGUAGUUCAACAUCCGCCAACAAUUUAGAACCUCUUAUAUGUACGUGUUUAAAUCUGUCAUCAAGCACUGCCAAUUUACUUUACUUUCUCUGAUCCAUAAGUCCUGUGCAACCAGUUCUUGUAUUGUCUUCUUCAAUACAGCAUGAUGCUCAUUUAGUAACUUAUGGUCCCAUUUCGAAGGAAAUAGACGACAAAACUGGAAAUGCUUUAGGGCGUGGCUACCAUGUGAUUGACAGGUCAACACUCAAGGAUUCAAAACGGCAGUCCACCAACGGGUGACGUCAUGGUGACUGCAUCCCUGUUUGUAAACAGCCGAUUUGCAAGUAAAUGAAUAGAAUGAACUUCUGUUGCCUUAAUCGUAUGGACAUGGAUAUUCGGACAUAUCUCUUGGCAUAAAUCAUUCAUUAAACUAAAUCCAAACUGC